GGCGCCGGCGGCGGCGGCGCCGCGCUCCCUCCAGCCGCGCAGCCCCGCGCAGCCCCCGCAGGAUCAAAUGCCAGCAUGACUAGGGUCUGAGGAGGUGCUUCUGUGUUCCCACCAAGGGUUUGCCAGUGCCAAGGAACGGUGCAAGGACAGUGGGGACACUUUGAGCUACCAUGGAUAUCCCCACUGAUUUGGUGCCGUCCUCCAUGAUGUCCCAGCCUGAGGUGAUUGAGUCCACAGCCAUGAGCGAACCACAGUGCUACUACAAUGAAACCAUUGCCUUCUUUUAUAACCGAAGUGGAAAAUAUCUAGCCACUGAAUGGAACACUGUCAGCAAGCUUGUAAUGGGACUGGGGAUUACCGUCUGCAUCUUCAUAAUGCUGGCCAACCUCUUGGUCAUGGUGGCUAUUUAUGUCAACCGCCGAUUCCACUUUCCUAUUUAUUACUUAAUGGCCAACUUAGCCGCUGCGGACUUUUUUGCAGGGCUGGCCUACUUUUACUUAAUGUUCAACACAGGACCCAACACUAGAAGACUGACUGUAAGCACCUGGCUUCUCCGUCAGGGUCUCAUUGACACUAGCCUGACAGCUUCUGUAGCCAAUUUGUUGGCCAUUGCUAUUGAGCGGCACAUUACAGUUUUCCGAAUGCAGCUACAUACUCGAAUGAGCAACCGGAGAGUGGUGGUCGUAAUUGUUGUUAUCUGGACUAUGGCCAUCGUCAUGGGCGCCAUACCAAGUGUCGGAUGGAACUGUAUUUGUGAUAUCACUCACUGCUCCAACAUGGCACCGCUCUAUAGUGACUCCUACCUGGUCUUCUGGGCUAUUUUCAACCUGGUCACUUUUGUGGUCAUGGUGGUCCUAUAUGCUCAUAUCUUUGGGUACGUCCGCCAAAGGACUAUGAGAAUGUCCAGACACAGUUCUGGACCCCGCAGGAAUCGGGACACCAUGAUGAGCCUUCUGAAGACUGUGGUCAUUGUGCUUGGUGCUUUCAUAAUCUGCUGGACCCCAGGAUUAGUCUUGCUGCUCCUCGAUGUUUGCUGUCCCCAGUGCAACGUCCUGGCCUACGAAAAGUUCUUCCUGCUCCUGGCAGAGUUCAACUCCGCCAUGAACCCCAUCAUCUACUCCUACCGGGACAAGGAGAUGAGCGCCACCUUCAAGCAGAUCCUCUGCUGCCAGCGCAGCGAGAACGCCAACGGCCCCACCGAAGGCUCGGACCGGUCGGCCUCCUCGCUCAACCACACCAUCUUGGCUGGCGUCCACAGCAACGACCACUCGGUGGUGUAGAGCCGCGGCCAGCCGCGUGGCCGACGAAGAGCGGCGGGCUGACGCUGUGGGGUGGGGUGGGCCCUCGGCCCCGGGGAAGGUAACCCACUCACAAGGUUUUCUCAAACACUAAUGGACUACAAGCGCUUCUUUUUUGCAGGGAGCCCGACACACCGGCGCGGUCCAACCCCUUCCGCGGGACUGGCCGUGCUGCAAGGCCUUUGAUUUCUGCUUUCAAAAAGUAGAAGGCAGAUGCCUUUCAGUGGGAGGUCGUUGGUAGCCCAUGGAGAGCCUCCCUGAGACUUCGUCGGACUUCGCUGCAUCUUGGUGCCAGUCUGAAUCAACUCUGAUUAAUUAAGCUUAUACCUGCUUCACUGCAUUUACAUGUAGCCACUUAGUCUUUUUAAAAAGGGAGUAAAGGGGAUAAAAGUAUGCCUAUCAUUUAAUAGACAUGUAAUAUUUAUCACCAUCAGCAUGCUUGUGGUGAACAUUUUCUGUGCAGGGAGUAAAAGUUUGCUCUAGUCUUCAUAUUCUUAGCCACACUGCCAUAACUACAGUAAAAACAAAAGUAUUUUUUUCUAAUACAGGCAACAGGAAGAUGAUGGAAACUGACUCUUCUUACCUUCAUUACUGGUGUUAGAGAGCAUGCAUGUUCUGUGUGUAUGCAGAUUGUUUUAAUUAUGGAAAAAGAAAAAAAAAAAGCUCGUUGUAAUGUCUGCAGGAAAGUAGAAAAGCGUAGACUGUAUUCCAGUGUUUGUUUAGAUAAUGAAAUAAACAGUACUCUAGUCACAAGGUAUUUAACGUUCUUCUUUGAAGUGCGGUAUGAAAUGUGUAACACGUGAGGGGUCCCAAGUUUUUCAUGGACAAGUUCUUAAAGCAGGACACAUCCCUAAGGCCCUUAAAGGGCUACAGUCAGGUUGAUAGAUUUUAAAAGAAAAUGUAUUUAUGGCAUCGGAAUGUUUUUCUUGUACAUGGCAGUAAGCAAAGGGAUUUUUAACGUGAAGAGAAGUAUGUUUUGAUGGAAACUUCCCUGUAAUUGAAAACAAAACACCCUCUGCAUUUUUGCACUGAGAAAUAUUUGUAGGGCAUCCUUUAAAUGAUGUAGCCUUCAUUUCAAAAGCAGUGGGCUACUAAAAACCAAGAUACACUUUUGCUUUGUAAAGUCAAGACAACAGAUGUAGUAGUCUAUUGCAAAUGACUGGAUUGUGCUCCACAGAAUAGCCACACAUGCACAUUGUUAUGAAUAGCUAAGCUAACGGAUGGAUUUUUUCAUAUGUGGCUGUUCAGAAAAGAAAUGCCACUCAUAUGAAUCCCAGUCUCCAAGAAUCAGUGACAUUAAUCAAAACUCCUUUACGGGAGUAAAUGGGAGCAAAGAGGGGAUCUUGCUGAUAAAAAACUUGGGACCUUUCUCUGAGAAACUGUGUGUUCUCCUAGUAAUGUAAAAUGUAUCAACAGUAAAUUACUAGGGUCGUUUUCCUCAUUGUAAUUUGCCUCUAUAAUGAAAAAAAAAAAUAUCAGAGGUGUAUCCAUCAAUGUAACAUACUGGAAUAUAACAUAAGGGACAAUAUUCUCCCAUUUGGGAAGGGAAAAAAUGGAGGGGAGAGGGUUAUCCCAGCAAAAAGCAGGGUUUUUUCCAUCUCUUGCUUGGAAGAGAUUCUUGGAUUAUAUGCUUCCAAGCAUAAAAUUGCUUGGAAAAGGCAGUUCCUUGCUGAGGGAGGGAAGAGCAGCAAGUGAGCAAAAAGUGUGUCCGCUGAAGAAAGUGAGAGUUUUGCCACUGCUUUCAGUAAAACUGAAUUUGCCUCUACUGUCAAGCCACAUUUGUGUGGACACUGUGGAAAAUGGAGUGUGCAGAGGGGAUAAAUGCAGCAUUAUGUGCCACUUGACUAAGGUAUUGAAUGUCACACUUGCUUUGGAGAAAACAGCUCUUUUUUCUGAAUGUGUUUGAGAGCAAGUGGAUGUAAAGGUUGAUCGGGGGUUUGUCCACAUAUCUACGAUGAGAAGGAGAAGAACAAGCUGUAUGAACUUUUUCAUUUAAAAGCAUCUCCUUGCUAAGAAACUUGCUAAGUUUGCUUAGUGCCUGUGUGGUGUUUGAGCUAGUGCAGAUAAGCAGAAGAAUGGAGAGGGUAGGAGGGCCUCCAAAAACAGGGCACAUCUGACUGAGAAACAAUUUCCUUUUCUCAAGAGUGCUCAGAGUUGCUUUCUUCCCUGGAUCCAGGGAGGUCACUGUUUCCCUUCCCCAACUUCCCCACAAAAGAAGGACAUCGUAGACGCUUCAUUUCUGGGGGGAGUUGCCUUUUCCAAGUGUCCUUUUUACUGCUGUUUGCAUGCUCUUUAUUGAAUCUCCCCUGCGUCGGGUGGGAGGAUGAUGGAAAGAAACAGCAGCACAUCAUCCACCCCAGUUUACCGUGCUGAAAGCAUGGUGGCUUUGGAGAAACUGCAGGUGAACCUUAAACCAGGUUCAUGUCACGCGGGUGGGUCUAGAGGCCCCUUGUGAAGGCAGAUGCCCAAGGAGGCUUUUCUCAUUCUAAUAGCGACAGGAGGCAGUUGCUGCCCAGGUACAUUGACCAGCCCUUCUCCAAGGAAGCACUCGACAAUUGAAGAAGAACUUGUAACAGCAGUGAAAUUUCAGUCGUGGGGUAGGUCAAUCUGGGAGCACUUCUGGCAGCAGCUGGCUUUUUCUCCUAAAAGGUAAAAAGCAGGGCUUUAGAUCAGAGGCAACAGGAUGCAAGCACUGCUUGUACAAUUCCACUAGAGGAACUCACUGAGCAUGUGGCUCCUGUUUAAAAGCCUAAUUAGUGUUUUGUUUUGUUGACAUGAUCUCCCUAUAUCCUUGAGAAAUCUGAUCUGUGGAUUGAGUGUUUCUUUGCAAGCUAACAAAAUUAAAGCUGCUGUGAGCGAAGAGAAUAAAAACAAGAGCUUGGAAUAGAAGGAAUCAUUUGCUCUCUUCUUUAGAAUGGUUCCCUUGCCACUUGGUUUCGUCUCAGACAUCUUUUAACUUUUGCUUCUCUGUUCAGAUUUUCCAGCUUCGUUGUGCAGUUGUAGAACUCACUUCUGCUAUGUGAAAACAUGGUGCAAAGUACUUAGGGGAAAAAAAAUUGCUCCACUUAUUUUUACUUAUCUCAAAUCCUUCAAAAGGUUUCAGAAGACUUCUUAAAAUACCAGCAGUCCUCCCACAGUCAUUAAAAUUCUUCUGUUGCUGGCUGCCUCUUUCCAAGGAAAUCCUCUUGAAGUUAAAAUGUGAUGGUGUUUGUUUCAGCAACUGUCGCAGAGAGGAGUUGUGUAUUAAAAGGAAUAUGGCUCAUGAAAUCAUUUGCAGGUCAAAGAAAACAUGUGUUUCCUACUUUGUGUCUUCAGUGGCAGGAAAAGUCUGAAAACUAAGUUAAAAGAUUGCUUUUGAGUGAAGAAUUAUUACAUAAAGUUUUAUUCCCUGUUGCUGUCACAUUUAAGAAGCUUGGUGACCCAUUGGUCCACAGAGCUGUUAAUCACAGCAUUUACAUGAAAAUAUAUUCUGUGUUGGACACACACUGUGUUUCUUGUCAACCUCUUUUUUGCUGCAUGUUCUCUGAGAUCUCUUGGUACCUUCAGGCUGGCUGUUAACUGGGAUGCUCUAAGCUGGGCAGAUAGCUGGCACAAGGAGGAAGGGAAGACCAAUUAAGAGCUUUUUCAGUGAUUCCUAAAAGCAUGGACACCUGUCUGUCCAUAGUGCACCAGCAAAUGUGUUUUUUAAAUAGUUGCCCCAAGAUGACCAUUGUUUUUUUAACUCUGUCUUUACAACGAGUCACAGCUCUGACUUAAACAAGCUGGCAGCAAAGGCUUGGUGUAGGUCACUGGGUGAAGAAGAAAGGACAUGCUAUGUUCAUAGUACAAACUAAGCCUGGGUAACUUGGGUGUCAAAGGGGAGAGGACAUAUUUUCAUGUUGAGUAUAUUAGUUCUGCUUCCCUUCCAAAGUAACUUUUCAAUAUCAGCAUAAAUUUCUCUCAGUAUGGCAUUGCACUGAGGUGAAACUUUUCGGGUCACUCUGAGGAGUAUGUCUUUUAGUCUCUACCUCUGUGGUGGUCAGGAGCAUUGGCCAUGGUCAGUCUGGGUCCUAGGAGCAUUCUAUUACAGGAAACUCAAGUGGGCUCUGCUUCUGAAACAAGUUUUGUAUCUUCUGACUUCUGUGGUGCCCCAGAGGUAUGCUACCACAUACCAGGUUUAUCUACUGUAAAGCCAGCUGGGGUUCCUCUCUGUGACACUGACAUCACCAGCUCUGUUCUCACUGCAGUAGGUGUCCACAGACCAAAACCACGCAGCACUUUCUGUACAAGAAGUAAAAGCCCACCCAGCAGGUUGUUCUCCCCAGGUGGGAUUAAAGAGGAGCACCGCCAGCUGGAGAGGCUUUGAUGCAAACAUCCGUGAUCUGUCUUUCAAUCACUGUGAAUCAGGGUGAUGCAAAGCAGAGCUGGCAAAGCCACUUCUUCAGGGCGUCAUCCCCACACCGUGACAAGGCGUGACCCGAUCCUGGUUGUACCUGUCAUUCCUUUGGGUCCCUCCUGACCAUGAGACAGGAUGGAGCUGGCAGCCUUAGCGGACUCACUCUUUUCCACCUGCUGCAGAAGUAACGUAGCCCAAAUACAGGCUUUUCCUUUCUGGGCCUCUUAAGGGUUUUCCUUUUGAGCAAUUUGCAAUUGGAGUCUACCUGUCAUGUCCUUUCCAACCAGUUCUUGCUGUUAGCAAUCAGUUCGUAUGCUGGUAUCCACAUGGAGGAGCUUUUCAACUGCAGUCUUAUUUGUUCAGCCAAAUUACCCAGGCUUCACUGUUUGAUUGGAAAGGCCAGUUCCAAUAGGCAGAUACCUUAAAGAGUAUUAACUCUCACACCUGUCCAGUGAUGCCUCCUCAAGAAAAGGUGCCCUUAUCUUUCCUCCCAUUUUCUUCUUGUAGAGGAUUUUCCAGUAAGUUAUCACCCAACCACAGUUUUCUAUCAAUGAGAAAAACAGAGGUUCAGAGGUUGAUAUGAAAAAAAAAACAACACACCAGACAGAAAAACAAACAAGGAUAUUAAACUAUACCACUGUCUUCUGUGGUAUAUGGAAAUCCAACCCACUGAUAAACUGCCAGCAUUUUAACAAAAGCCUCCAUGAAAUGUUCCCAUUUGCCUGUGAUAAGCUUCUGAUAACCAGAAGUGUAUGUGGGAGACUCAGGAAUCUGUUCAUUUGUUUUCCUGUUUAAACAAAGUCAUGUUUAUAGCUCACAAGAAUGGAGAGAGCCAAUGAGGUUUGGAAAACAAUUUUGCUAUUAAGUGCACUUACUGUAAAUGUUUAGAGGUUGUAUCUAGUACAAUAAAGUAUUUAGCAUGUGUGAUAUGGAGUGUGCAAGAAAUAGCCUUCAUGGGGAGAGCUGGUAUUUUGGGUGUGGAGAGGAAUUAUUCAAAAAGCAUGUCUGGAGGUACGGGCUGGUCUGUUCCAGGAGAUAGCGUAGGGCUGAAACACAGGGACAAGAAAGGGGCAGGUUAUCUCAAGUAAAUCUCUUAAUAAUCAGUGCUGUUCCUGACUUCUACCUGCCCACCUUCUUUCCUUUCAAGUCCACAUUUGCACCUUUUAACCCUAGGCCUCUUCUUGUUGCUACAGAGAAAAAUUGUCCCGCACAGAGAAAGCAAACCUGCUGCUUCUUUUCCCUCUCCCUUUUCUUUCCUUUCUCCCUCUUCCCUUUCACUUUUCCUUUCUCCCUCCUUUUCCACUUCCUUUCCUUUUUUGCUGUACAUGGACGUGUUUGUCCUAAAAUGUGUUCCCAGUUUUCAUUUAACCGUAGAAGGUCCUAUGUUGACUAAAGCAAAGCUGGUUAGCUUAUAUAUAGAAAUGAAUGUGUCCACACACAAAUUUGCAAAGCCAUGGGGAGAAGGAAGAACUGAGGGGGAAAAAAAAAAAAAAAAGUAUUAUUUCAAUGCUGUUUGAGCAUAGCUGGUUUAAGGCGCUAUUUUUAUGCUAAUUCCCACUUCGCAUUUUGAAGAAAAGAGGUUUUAGGUAAAGGGUUGAUUAGCCCCCUGCCUUUUGUUAGAGAAGCUAAUUGCUUACUUACAGAAAGAAACCGAGUGUCUGCUUCAGAAAAUAAAGUUGGCAUUCCUACGGUAAAAUUGCAGCUCUGAUCACACGGGGCAUUAUUAAGUACAGAACUGCAAAAAGGUCCUGAAACCCUGGUGAUUCAUGACGAAUGCCCUGGUGCUGGGCUUUCCAUGACAUGGCAUGUGUAAUGUAAAGCAGCCCCAUAGAGCUUGAUUGCUGGACAUAACGAGCAGAAAGCCAAAAUACACAACUGCUAAAUAAAUCACACCUCGUGAAAACACA